CAAAAUAUAUCGAUUGUCAGAUGUCAAAAUACAACGAUAUUACCAACAUUGCAGAAAACACGAUAGUGUUGCUGUGCAGUAGAAGCUUCAUAGGGUGUAUUCAUUCAUCAGACUCUGAAAACCGAAAGAAUUCGGUGUCUACGUGACCCACAUUAGCUUAUGCGGCUUCGACCGCACCGCGACUAUCAUGAAGAGAUUUUUGUUGCAAGAAGAGCGCAUAGGUAACAAUCGGCAGCCAUUUUACUGAUAAUGUUUUCGCCUAAUUAUGAAAGAUUAUUUAGUGUUAUUUAAAUAGAUUAUCGAACUGAAUAAAUAAAACGAAAACGUUUAAUAAUGUGCUUUCUGAAAAAAAAAGUGCUUAUAAGUUGGAAUCCCGUAUUUAAUCUGAAAUCGUGGUGAAAUUCGGGUGACUGAAAAGUGUUUGUGACUUGAAAAAGACAAUGUCGGUACAUGGAGACGAUGCAGGUGUCGGCGCGGGAGGCUUGGCGAUCCAAGUCUUCCGCCCUACGUGGGACGAGUUUAAGGAUUUCAAUAAAUACAUACAGCACAUGGAAUCGAAGGGUGCUCAUAAAGCAGGCCUGGCCAAGGUCAUCCCACCACCGGAAUGGGUCCCACGAAGGUCUGGCUACGACUUGGAUGCGCUCAAUGUGACGAUACCGGCGCCUAUAUGUCAAGUGGUCACCGGUAAACAAGGUUUGUUCCAACAAAUUAAUAUUCAGAAGAAAUCUAUGACUGUGAAACAAUUCGCGGUGAUGGCUAACUCAGCCAAGUACUGCACCCCUCGUCACUCCAGCUUUGACGACCUGGAGAGGAAGUACUGGAAAAAUGUGACUUAUGUAGCCCCUAUUUAUGGUGCCGAUGUAAAUGGCAGCAUCACAGAUCCAGACGUCACAGAAUGGAACAUUAAUAGCUUAGGGACAAUUUUAGACUUUGUCAACUCUGACUACGGUAUCGAAAUUGAUGGCGUGAAUACAGCAUACCUGUAUUUUGGCAUGUGGAAAACUACAUUCGCAUGGCAUACUGAAGACAUGGAUCUUUACUCAAUAAAUUACUUGCAUUUUGGUGAACCAAAAACUUGGUAUGCUAUUCCCCCUGAACACGGGAAGCGUUUUGAGAGAAUAGCUGCAGGAUUCUUCCCAACGUCAGCCAAGACUUGCCAGGCAUUCUUGCGACAUAAAAUGACAUUAAUCUCACCACAAAUUCUAAAGCAGUACUCGGUACCAGUGAAUAAGAUAACUCAGGAGGCCGGUGAAAUUAUGAUCACAUUUCCCUAUGGUUAUCAUGCAGGAUUCAAUCAUGGUUUUAAUUGUGCGGAAUCUACAAACUUUGCUGCUCCUCGAUGGGUGGAAUAUGGAAAACGUGCCAUGCAAUGCACUUGUAGUAAUGACAUGGUGAAAAUAUCCAUGGACACCUUUGUCAAACGAUUCCAGCCUGACAGAUAUGAGCUCUGGUUGAAAGGUCAAGAUAUCGGUUGUCACCCGGAACAGCCGGAAAAGAUGGUGCCAGCUCCCCACCCAUCAGGGCAAGACAUACUCUGCAACAAGAAUAACACUGAGCUACCUGAAUCAUUUAUUGAAGCAGAAAUUGAAGGUAUUAAGAAGAAAAAACGUCACCCCCUUCAUUUAAAGAGAGCAAUGGCUAGCAAGAGCAUUUCUGAAGGUGCUAUAGCAGUGUCGAUUCUGGGUCACGAUGUAAUGGAUGAUGAUGAAAUGACAAUGGCUGAAGGGGAUUUGGACAUGAUGACUUCGAUGAAGCGCCCAAAUUUGCCUAUGCAACCUGAUGAUACACAGCUCGAUGUUUUAGAAGAUAUAUGGCUGAAAGGGGAUGAGAUGGAUCCGUCAGAAGCUAGAUUACCGGACACAGGCUACAUAGAUUCUGAUCGGGAUUCAGAUUAUGGUGUCACAAAAAGUGCUCGUAAAGGCACUAAAGGCAGGAAAAAGAGGAAUAUAAAGAAAGAAAAGAACAAAUCUAAAAAGGACGAGGAAGGAAAAUCGGAAAGCCCAGAUGACAAAAAACUGGUCAAAACACGUGGAAAGAAAAUUAAAACGAAAAAACUAUCUGAAGAGCAAUUGGAAAACAUGAAUGCUGUGUUGUCUAACUGGGAGUCCCCACCUCACGAGACUGAUGUCAAAAUAAAUACAAUACCACCAGAUCCUUUAACUACUGAACCCACCGCAAGUCAUUCGACAACACCAGCAAUAGUAGAAAACAAGGUACCGAAGAAAAGAAAAAAGGAAAAAUCUAUCAAAGAUGGUGGUGUUAAUGAGAAACCUAAAAAAGAAAAAGUAAAGAAAGAUCCGUCACUUGUCAGUGCUAACAAUAUAAAACCGGGUGAUGUCAAAGAGAAGAAACCACGGAAACCCCGUACUCCGAAGAAAGUUGAUAAUACUGGACAUCCCUUUUUAUCACCCAUCAUGAAUAAAAUACACAAUAAAUUGACAAAGAACAGAAUGACCUUAAAUCCUCAGGCUGGUUUAAAGAUUGCGUCGUCCACCUGUAAUUCGGUUCCUAGUCCAUAUCCAAUCCACACCUAUUCUAGUAGUAGUAAAUCUUUAUUGAAACCGAUCACGGCAACUACAAAACAGCCCAAUCCAAUCUUAAACCCAACAAUUCCAGACGUACCUCGUGUACCGAAAAUAAUGCCGCUUAACAAAAACCCGAGUGCUUUUGUGGAUGAGUUCCACAAAUUCAUGAACUCUCAGUCUUCUUUGCCAUUACAUCCAGAACCACACAGAAAGACACCUAGAAAAUACAUUAAACCAGAAAAAGUGGUCGUACAAAAAGUUGAUCAUCCAAAGCAAGAUGCUUUUCCGAUGCCAGUUGGUCAGUACAAUGAUUCAAUUUUCGUAAAUAAUCCCAUAGACUAUAGGACGUAUGGGGAAAGACAACAACCCCCUGUGGACAGGAGUGUGUGGAGACAAGACUAUUAUCAGCCGAUGCUACAUGGAGUUCAAACGAUGUACGGGCAAAUGAACUCAAACCAAUACUACAGAAGCCCAUACCAGUCGCCUUGGUACGGUUUUCACAAUAAUGCUUGUCUGAAUGUGUUGACGAAGCAAGAAGCUUCACCAUGCGCCGAAAAGGAGGAAGUCAAAGUAGAGGUAGAACGAUUCAUCGAUCUCGCCAGACAGAUGGAAGCAUUCUUCCUGCAGAAAAGAUUUCUUCUAUCCGCUAUGAAACCUGAACUCUUGGUCAGAGAGGACAAUAAUGAGUUAAAAUGUGAACUGCAGAGGAAGGAAGAGCUACUCCGGAGACAUUAUGAUAAGAUAACACAAUGGCAAAGUCUCUUAGCUGAUUUGCAGGGUCACACCGGUUACAACAAAUGCCAGCAGCAACAGCAGUCCUCGCAGCAGAGUAUGCAGCAGGCGCCUUCGCCACGCCAACAACCCUGCAAUGUACAGCAAAACGUUCAGACUCAGCAAGCGGUGUCGCCGCGUCAGCAACCCUGCGCCGUGCAACAAAGCGUUCAGGCUCAGCAGAUGGCGGCUGCGGCUGCCGCUCAGCAGGUCGCCCUCCAGCAGCAAGCCGCCCUGCAACAACAGCAGAUGCAGAACAGUCUAGCUCAUAGCAUGUUCAUGGCAAGUGGGCGUGGCGGCUACGCUGGAGGCUCGCUGCCGGGACCACUGGCGUACUUGGAGAAAACUGCCACCAAUAUAGAUAUGGUGGGUCUUGGGGACGGGAGGAGGUGACGAGGCCGCGGGAGGGGCAGGGGUCGGGGCCGCGGCAGAGGCCGAGGUCGUGGUGCAUCCCCUGAGUAUGGUGGCAGCAUAACGCCCCCAUAAUCCAAACCCCUCCCGGCGUGGCCGGAUCCGUACUGUGACCGCAAUAACCGGAUUUAGCACAAACAUUCAUCUGCACACACAUCUUUGCAACGAGAAAGGGCUUAUGUGAAAACACGGCGCAGAAAUCAAAGCAUUAUUUUUUAUCUUCUAAUCACUAAAUUAUUCCUGUGUUCCCUAAAUAUGUAAGGAAAAUUUUUGUUUGCACAGAUAAUACCGGUGCGAAAAGUUAUGCAAUCGAUAGUGUUUCCAUCCGAAAUUAUAAAUUGUUACUUUAAACAAAAAAAGCUAAGGAAUAUUUUGUCUACGUCCCAUAUGUUUGGAUUCUAUUUUGUUUUAUUCAUAAAUAUGUCUGUUGUACGACUGGAAGAGGUUAGAAAUUUUAGAGGCUACAUCUAAUUUUAAAUCACAAUAGAUUUCUUAGUUCUUUAUUCAUUUAUUUCAUCAUUCAUUAUAAGUUCCUGUGUGUAAGAUACGUUUGCAUGAACAAAACGCAGUCCACAGAUAAUAAAUACCUACAGUGAUUAAUUAUGACUAUGGAGGGUAGAGGUAAAGAGAACCGUCUCUGUCUGUAAAAAGUGUCCGUUAAAAUCGGCUAAAUAAGAGUGGCGCUACAGUAGCAACCGGGUAAAUUUUUAAAAGGGCGUUGAGAGUUAUUAUAAUAAGAUAGAGAAAUAAAAAAGGACGAAAGAAC